CGAGGAGACAAAUAGACAAGGCAUGCUGGCCACUUCGGCAGUGCUUCACAUUUUUUGUUCAGCACGCGCUCGCCCCGCAGCACCAGAGCGAAACAGGUAGACUCAUGCAAACAUAUAAGCGCUCGGAUGGAGCCCACUGGUCUCCAAGCCUAGUGGCGGCACCGCCCGCCGCUACCAAUUCCAAGAGCACGCCGCCCAUGUUGCCUGGCAUACAAGCCUUGGACGCGGACCUGUCAGUAGGCGGGACGGAGGAGUAAGAGGAAGGUGAUGGGAGGGGGCCUGCUCUCGUGCGAAAAUACAAAUGUAACAAAAACGUCCGCAAGAGCAGCCGCUUCCAGCGGCGGACAACACAUCUGUGCACUACUCCUAACUGCAUGCACGCGCCUGGCAUUAGAGCGUCACCUGCAUGGGCGGGUUCGGCCGUGCCCCCCUUGCCACGGGAAAUUCACCUCUCAGCAGCUUGCGGAUCUCAGAAAAUUGCCUGUGUUGGCAUGGUACCGCGAGCUUCGGGAAAUCUUCGUAUGAGGAGGAGCAGGAGGAGGAGGAGGAGGAGAAGGAGAAGGCACACAAAAAGGAACAUGAACAACAACAGAAGGACCGAACGAUGCGAAGUACCGAACAGAAGAGGAGAGGUGGCCUGCGAUCGGCCAAGCAGCAUCGCGAAAUCUGCUUCCCAGAGGCAACAGGUCAGCUCAGGAAGCAAGGAACAAUGCGGAAAACGGCCACGUUCGAUGAGCAGGUGGAGUCGAACGGCCUCAGCCUCGCCUCCAAUUCGCCGCAUGGCAAAGCCAGUGCGCCACUGAUUUUAACAAGGCGCCCGGCGGGAGGCAGCUGGAGCCUCUUCAGGCCCUCCAGCCGAAGCCCUACAUGCCGUCACGCAGGUCCCGGGCAGGCUUUGCUUCACGGCGGAAGGGGACGAGGAGGGGAGAAUCAGGGAGGGAAGCAACGAGCAGAAGGGGAGUGAGGAGGAGGACAAGGAACAAGGAGGAAGGGGGGGAAACAAGCGCAAGCAGACAGGCCAGGCCAUAGGCCUGGAGAGAAGAGCAACCCGCGACGAGGCUACGGAACUUGGCCAAGCUGCAGUGGCCCUUGCCGCACCCUUCCAAACGCUGGCGGCGCACAGCGAGGGAUAGGGCGUGGCGAGCGGCCUCUCAAGACGACGCCAUCGCUGCCGCCGCCACCGCCGCCGCCGUCGCUGUCGCCGUCGCCGUCGAUGCCGCCGCCUUCGCUGUCACCGCCGUCGA